UUGAUUCAUUGCAAACGAGUCUUAUUGUAAAGAAGAAAAAAAAGCAGAGAAAGUCAAAACGGUGCGUUAAGAGCUCGUCGUCCUCCUCCUCGCUGGUCCUGGAUCUGAAUAGUGAAUUGUAAACUGAACCGCUAUCCGUUUCUGUGUCUCUCUCUGCUCAUCGAUUCGCACCCGCUGCAAUCGAACUUCCUCAUCGAUUCACCUUCUUCGAGAGACACAAUUCGUACACACACGAUGGUGCUCACGUCGUCUGCGCGUGAUUACAUCAACCGCAUCUUGCAUGAUAUCUCUGGCAUGAAGGUUCUCAUCCUUGAUUCUCAAACGGUAAGUAUUGUGAGUGUUGUGUACUCACAGUCAGAGCUUCUUCAGAAAGAAGUGUUUUUGGUAGAGUUGGUGGAUUCAAUUUCCAAGUCAAACGAACCAAUGUCACAUCUCAAGGCCAUUUACUUCCUUCGACCGACGUCAGAGAAUAUCCAGUAUAUGCGUCGUCAGCUGGCUAGUCCUAGAUUUGGAGAGUAUCAUCUAUUUUUCUCCAACAUAUUGAAGGACCACCAUAUUCACUUACUUGCUGAUUCGGAUGAACAGGAAGUUGUCCAGCAAGUUCAGGAGUUCUAUGCAGACUUUGUUGCUAUUGAUCCUUAUCAUUUCACUUUCCACGUACCUUCAAAUUACAUUUAUAUGCUUCCAGCUGUCGUAGACCCUUCAGCAUUGCAGCGUUUCUGUGAUCGGGUUGUUGAAGGUCUUGCUGCUGUUUUUUUAGCAUUAAAACGGAGACCAGUAAUUAGAUAUCAAAGAACAUCUGACAUUGCAAAAAGAGUAGCACAGGAAGCAGCAAAACUGAUGUACCAAGAGGAAAGUGGUCUUUUCGAUUUUAGGCGAAUGGAAGUUUCUCCGUUGUUGUUGGUGAUUGACAGGAGGGAUGAUCCUGUAACCCCAUUGCUAAAUCAAUGGACCUAUCAGGCUAUGGUUCAUGAAUUGAUAGGAAUCCAAGACAACAAAGUAGACAUCAAAUCCAUUGGUAAAUUUCCAAAGGAUCAGGAGGAGGUUGUGCUGUCAUCGGAACAAGAUUCCUUUUUCAAAGCUAACAUGUACGAGAAUUUUGGAGAUAUUGGUAUGAAUAUCAAGCGUCUGGUUGAUGAAUUUCAACAAGUGGCAAAGAGUAAUCAGAACAUCCAAACAGUAGAGGACAUGGCCAAGUUUGUUGACAACUACCCUGAGUACAGAAAAAUGCAUGGGAAUGUGACAAAGCAUGUAACUUUGGUAACAGAAAUGAGCAAGAUAGUUGAAGAGCGAAAACUUAUGUUAGUUUCACAAACAGAACAGGAGUUGGCUUGCAAUGGAGGGCAAGGAGCUGCUUUUGAGGCAGUGACAAAUCUACUAAACAAUGAAAGCAUAUCAGAUAUUGACCGACUACGUUUGGUCAUGCUAUAUGCUUUGCGAUAUGAGAAGGAUAGCCCUGUUCAAUUAAUGCAGCUUUUCAACAAACUGGCUUCCAGAUCUGCCAAAUACAAACCUGGGCUUGUCCAGUUUCUUUUGAAGCAGGCAGGUGUUGACAAGAGAACUGGUGAUCUUUAUGGAAAUCGAGAUCUAAUGAAUAUUGCCCGUAACAUGGCACGUGGACUGAAGGGUGUUGAGAAUGUUUACACCCAACACCAGCCACUUCUGUUCCAAAUCAUGGAAAGCAUUGUCAAAGGGCGGUUGAGAGAUGUGGACUACCCAUUUAUUGGGAAUCACUUUCAACAAGGAAGGCCCCAGGACGUAAUUAUCUUCAUUGUUGGUGGAACAACAUAUGAGGAGUCACGGUCUGUUGCUCUACAAAAUGCCACCAAUACAGGCAUCCGGUUUAUACUUGGUGGCUCUUCUGUUCUUAAUUCUAAAAGGUUGUUCAGGGACUUGGAAGAAGCUCAAAGGGUAUCCCGUUCUAGCACCUCUGUUGUUUGAAGUAUAUCGUGGCAUACUUUGUGUCUUGAGGACCAUAUACAUAUAGUUUUUACAGCUUGAGGCUGGGAAUUUUAGUUUUGCGCCUAUGUAUAUGUAUAAAGAAAAAGUUGCAAAAGGAGCUUGAUGUUGGGAUAUAGACUCAAUCCAUUGUCAGCUCUAGAAGACAAUCAUCAACCAUUGAUCAGCUUUUAGGUGCUAAUAGACUCUUUGCAGUUGAGUGCGAUUUGAGAUCGACGUAGAGAACUUCAAUAGCAAACUGCCCUCUCCUCUCUUUUGUUUGCGGGAAAAAAGAAACAUGGAGCAUAUAGGUACAAGAAAGAAAGUAAGAAACCUUUUGAUUUGCUUAAAUUUCCAUCAACAUUUGGCUGGCCUAGUGUAUUAGGUUUUGUUGACACUUACUGAUGAAAGAACAAUUUUGUAUAAAAUGCCCCAUUCUUUUGUAUACUAGAAGACCAUUUGUAGAUUCACUGCUUCAUAAUUUUACAGUUCAAUUGUGAGACCGGCAUAUGAUUGGUGCCAUUUUGUGUCUGUUGGAGAGUGUCAUGUAAAGAUGAGACCUAAGAAUUGCAAUAUUGUUUUAUUAGCGACCAUAUUACUUUGUAAUCUUAAUCGAAGAAAUUAUUUUGAGUGUUAA